UCAUUCAAUAAAAAAUACAAGCGGGUUGUGCUAAACGCUUUCACUCAACAAGUGCUCAGCAGACGGCGACAGAGAGAGAGAGAGAGAGAGAGAGAGAGAGAGAGAGAAAGAAAGAGAGGUGGGGGGGUAGACAGUCCCAGAAGUGAUGGAACACUCAAGGCAGACUGAGUUCACCUCCAACGACGGAAAAGACACGAGAGACACCACUUUGGUGGUCAACGGACACUUUGACGGAGUAGUCAAAAAGCCGUCCGCUGCUCUCCAGAGUCCGGCCACAGAGUCCGGGUCGCAUCGGUCGGCAGCCUCGGUGUCGGAGAGCUGGAAGGAGGAGCACGCCAGGAGCGUGGAGGAUAACGAGGUGAGCCUCCCGUCACUGGCCGCAGCUUACACCACCAUUUUACGCGGGCUUGGAGAAGACCCACAUCGGCAGGGGCUCGCCAAAACUCCCUGGAGAGCCGCCACCGCCAUGCAGUUCUUCACCAAGGGCUACCAGGAGACUAUCAUCGAUGUGCUGAAUGAUGCCAUCUUUGAUGAGGAUCACGAUGAGAUGGUGAUCGUGAAAGACAUCGACGUGUUCUCCAUGUGCGAACAUCACCUGGUGCCCAUCAUUGGCAAGGUUCACAUCGGUUACCUCCCCAACAAGCGAGUUUUGGGCCUCAGCAAGCUGGCCAGGAUUGUGGAGAUCUACAGCCGCAGACUACAAGUUCAAGAGAGGCUGACCAAGCAAAUUGCCGUGGCCAUCACUGAAGCCCUGCACCCCACCGGGGUCGGCGUUAUCAUGGAAGCUACUCACAUGUGUAUGGUGAUGCGAGGCGUCCAAAAGAUGAACAGCAAGACCAUCACCAGUACCAUGUUGGGGGUCUUCAGGGAAGACCCCAAAACUCGCGACGAGUUUCUGACGCUGGUCAGGAGCUGAAGUUCCUCCUUCACUUGUUGCCAGGGGUUAGCUCCAUUUGCACGGACCAGCUAAUGUGCAACCUCUGUGUGUGUGUGUGUGUGUGUGUGUGUGUGUGUGUGUGUGUGUGUGUGUGUGUUACCAACCAGAGGAAGUAAAACAUUCCACUUACUUUACAUGAUCAGACAUAACUUGUCUGCCUCAAACUCCACUUCACAUGCUUGGAAUUAAGUAGUCUGAGUAAUUCUCAAGUAGAUGGUUGCUAAUCAUAUUUUUUAACAGAUCUAACUUAUAAAUGCAGUAUGUGUAUACAGGAUGAUGAUGUUUAUUGAAAAUACAAUAUGAAUAUUGUAUCCAUCCAUUUUCUCUAGUGCUCGUCCUCUGAGCUGGAGCAGAGUCGGGGUGCACCUUGGACUGGUUGCGAGCCAUUUGCACAUUCUGCAACGUCGUUCAGCCCACAUCGUGAAAACAAGCGUGAAUGCUCGUUUUGUCUGAUUGUGCCCGGCGAUUGGCCAGUGACCACUCCAGGGUGUACCGCAUCUCAAAGUCACCUGCGAGGUGACCCCAAUGAGGUCAAGCAGUAUCGAAAGCGGGUUGGUCAGAUGGACCUCAUAGGAGAGCAUGUCUGUCCACAUUCCCAAAACAUGUUUGUUUGUUGAAUUGAAGACGCUUAAGUGCCCACCAGUGUGAAUGUGUCUGGUCAGUCAGCUUGGACAGACUGGCGCUCCGUCGCGUAGAAACAUUCCUUUGAGACUUUUUGAAAUGUAGGAAUGAAUACGUUAUUCUCAUGCUCAUUUUUAUUCUCUCAUGGAAGGUCGGGUCUGUAUGUGCCAACAUGCCUCAAUCAUGUGUCGCUGAUUGUGAUAUACAGUGAGCUCAUAAUCAAAAGUAAAUGUGUGUGUGUGUGUGUGUUCUUGUGCCAGAACGUGUCAAUGUUAUGUCUGGUGUGUUGUUACAAGUUGAAUUGUGUAUUGCAUUUGGUUCCCGAAUGCAUCCUUAUGUGGCUAUUGUGUUGUAUGUUUGCAAUUGUGAGCGUGGCUCAUUUUUGUGUGGCCUUGCCGAGAGGAAAAGCCAAUUGUGUGGCUCCUUCAUUAUUAUUGUCACUUUAGGUACAUGUUUAUUUGGACUUCUUGAUUGAAAAUGAGACAUUCUUGUGACAGUAAUAACAGUAAGAAGUUCUUGUCUUUCCCUCAGGCUGGUGCGAUGUUGUGAAACUCUCUAUGAAGCCAACGGGGUCGCUACAAAUGAACAUCAGUAAAUGUUCAUCCGGUGCAAAAAGACAAAUUCUAUCUGUCUGUCUUGAAAAAAACAUUAUUUGGUCAUUCUGGUACGCAGGAUAGUUUGGACGAGCUUUGAACACAUCUUUUGCAGGAUCAUGUAAAAUCUAAUGUGAAAACAAUCCCGUUUUACUGCAAGUCAAUUGGACACCAAAACGAUAUUUGCCUUGUUAGCAAUACAAUAAGCGACAAAAAAAAAAACAAAGCGUCCGUGAAAAUUUCUGACAUGUUAAAGACUCGUAUGGAACUGAGGCCAAGGAAGGGGCCGGCUGGCUUUUACACUUACAAUCGGUCCAGAAAUAUUUGGGAAGUGACAGUUACCUUUUUGUGUCUACACCAGUGACUCGUGACUAUUGUGCUGUGGGAAAUGAAUAAAAAUGAAAAUAUUUCUUUGUUACAAA